CAAGACCGGAGAGAAGAUCGGAAGAAAAAUACAAUAUUUUCUCUAUUUCUCAUAUUUGAUAUUUGGAGAGAAGAAUAUUGUCCAUCUUAAAGGUAAAACAUAAUUACAUGUAUGAAUAAAUUAUUGCUUCUUAUUAGAAAGAGAAAUUGGUGGGUCAGAUUCUUCAAACGCUUUUUUGUUCGGCUUUAAGUUUAGCCAGGGGUUUGUUUAUCCAGAGAAUUAAUAUCAACGAGAAAUUGAGAACAGCUAUAAAACAAACACAGUUCAAAUCCAUACAAAAGUAUUGUAUUGAUUUCUUCGAUUUAAUGAGGCGCCGGUCAUCCGAAGUUAGGAGUAUUUCACUUCGUCGAAUUUUGAUUCGCUUGAUUUCGUUAAUGUUCGUCCCAAUGGCGUUGUUCCGGUAAGCCAAUCUUUGAUUUCAGUCUCGUUAUACCAGGAUUUCAACAACCUUGAUUCUCUGUUUUUAUUUCUGUAAUGGUAUGCCCUCCACCUGUUCGACAAAAUGCUGCAAUGAAGUUUCAGGCCAUGGCAGAGUUGCUUCCUCCGUAAGUUCAUGAAGUGAUUUUGUAGCCAUGAUUCUGGCGCAUAAACUUUCUCAGAGGUUGUUCAUCCCUCGCCUAAACCAUCUUAACAACACGAGAUAUGGAGCUUUGCAUUCAAAUCCGAUGCUAUAUCACAGCGCAGAGAACUCCUCCGCCGAUCAAGAGCUGUUACCCUCCGAAUGGUACGAGAAUGCGUAUCGGAAGAUACAGAAACUGAGCUGCUCACUGAAGAAUGUGGAUUUGAUCGACGGACGCCUCGUUAAUGUUGUCGAUGAUUCAACCAUUUUCGAUGAGCGUAUUGAACAGAGAAUGCGUGCUUUUAAGUCCCUCGUAAGAGUCUUCGUUGGUUCUCCAUCGGCCCGGAGGAGAGUAACAGAAACUAUGAUGGCUGAAUCGUCUACUACAAAUUGCCAGCCACCGUGGUGCUUCGGAAAUUCAAGUGAAAGAGAGCCAAUGGUUGUUGAUUCACUCACCAAGAUCAGCAACUUCCUCAACGUCUCUGCCCAACAAAGGAAAUUGGUGCGCCACACUAUAUGCCCACAGGUCACGCAGCAUCACAUUUGGACUGGUGCAUUGGAUCAUAUGCUGAAAGAGUUGAAACUGGAGUUGGAUCCACUGGCUCAUCAAUCAACCAACAACAAAGGGAUCAAAAUGGGGCAGCAGAUAGUUUCAAGUUGCCUCAAGUUUUUGGAUGAUGCCACCAACUCAAACGCUCACUUCACCUCAUGGAUGCGGCCAGCGCCAUCACAACCCGUUGUCGAUCCAUCCGCAUCGCCGAGAUGGGAAGACAUGCUUGAGAUGUUCGACGAUCUGAUCGGCUCUUUAAAAGGCGAAAAGCCUCUCCUCCGUCACGUGGCGAAGCUGGAGGUGAUGAAAGAGGGGCUCUCCCAGAUCAAAGAUGUGCUGAGCGAUCAUAAAAGCAUUGGACACAAAGAAUCCAAGCACCAAGAAAGCCUGGUGCAAAGGAAGCUUUCAAAGACACUGGGCCACUCUUCCAGGUGCUUAUUCACUCUCUUAAUGUUCUAUCUUUGGGGGCAUAUUAGGGAUAUUGAAGUGGAUUUUUGUGGUGGGGUUUUGAAGGAUGUUGAGAAUGAGAAGUUCUGGUUGGUUAUGGGGAGGAUUUUGAGUUGUGAUGAGGAGAAAAUGGUGUGGAAUGGGGUGAAGCAGCUUGAUAGAGCAAUGGGAGUUUUUAAAUUUGUUUGGGAAACAGCUGGAAUGAAGGGUGGAUUGGAAUUGCAAGGCCAUUUAUGGAGUGUUGGGGCUCAGCAAAGGCAGCUUAGUUAUAAAGGAAAUGCUUAUAUAUUACAUGACAUCACUUUAUAACCCAAAAAUCUCCCAAUUAUUGGUUGUUUUUCAUUACUUUUGUGCUUCAGAAAGCAGAUAACUACUUUCAAGAUCGAGUAAGAAAUGAGUUUUUAGAAGUAAUGAGUGAAACAUUUUUUACUUGUUUGGUAAUGUUUUCGCU